AUGUCUUUAGCAUCUCAGCUGGGUUCAAUAGCUGCUGCCAACAGUACUGUUGCGUUUGAUCGUAAAAGAAGACAAAAAUUACACUCUGUCUCCUUGAUUUACAACUCAAAAGUUGCAGCUACCCAAGAUUAUGAAAUAAUUUAUUCCAACGCUUAUGAAGCUUUAGAGGAACUGAUUACUAUUGAUAAAAGAUUCAGUUUCUUCAAAAACUCUUUGUUCAGUGAAACCUCUGUCUCUGUUGAUAGAAAUGUUCAAACUGCUGAACAAAAUAAAGACUUGGACAAUGCAAUUAAUGCCUACCUCUCUUUGAUUUCACCAAGAUGGAACUUGAAUCCAGCCGUUCAAGCUACUGAGUGGUUGGUCCGUCGUUUCCAAAUCCACAUUUUCAAUGCUGAAAACUUGUUAUUGAGUACCAUAAAUUACUAUCAAGGUCCAGUCUUCAAGAGAAUUUUAGAAAUCACCAAAUUACCUCCAUUAUUUUCAGGUCUAGCUGGUUUCAAGAAUACUGAAAGAUCACCAACAAAUACAUCAAUGAUCAAAUUAUUCACAGACUUGGACUUCUUGAACUUGUAUAUCAAAUAUUUGGAAGAUGGUGCUACCAAAAAAAUCCUAUACUCAAAUCAGUUGUUAUUCUUUACAUGUUCAGCAAUUAAUAGUAUUGCUAUUUUAUCAAAUGAUCCAAAGAAGGUUGAACAAUUAAUUCCAUUGAUUUUGGAAGUUUCAGCUAAAUUUUUAGCAAGCUCAAACUCAGAUGCUCAUGUUGCAAGUCAUACUGUUUUAGCUGUUUUGUCUACUGCUGUCCCUUUAUCACAAGAAAUUAUUUAUGCUGCAACAGAAACAAUUUUGGCAAACAUUCAAAAGAAAGUUGAAAACUCAGGUUUGAUAUGUAUUACAAAGUUGUUCCAAUCUUUGAAUUCUUCCAAAUAUGAAAACAUCCCAGUUAGAAUCUACAGACUUUUGAUUAAAUUGAUUACUGGUGAUUUAGAACGUUUUGAUGAGAUUUUGACUUCAAAGACAAUUCAUUCAGAAAAAUUGGUCACUGUUUUGGUUAAAACUAUAUUAGCAUACGAAUUUGACUCACGUAUUCCUUUAGUCUUGAGCAUCUUGAAGAAAGUUUCUUUGCCAGAAUAUGAAAUGUCAUAUAUCAUCAGAGAUUCCAUCACGGCUAUUGACGUUAUUCAACAAGAUAAAAGUGAUAUUACUGAAUUGAUUGAAUAUUACAUCAAAAAUCAAAAAGAUUUAUUGUUAGAUGGUUUGAAUGUUAUGAGCUUGACACCAGAUUUAUUGGAGGCUAAGUUACAAACAUCAUUAUCAUUAACUGGAAAGGAAGAUGUUGAAAACACUCCUGUUCAAGAAGUUAUCACAGAAACAACUGAAGAAUCCAAAGCUAAAACAAUUGAAUUAUUCAAGUCUAACAAAACCAAAGUUGUUUCAUUUUUGACUGCAGAUUUAAAUGCUGAAUUCAACAAAUUGCUACCAUUAUACAUUAAAGCAUUACAAUCAAAAGUUACUGAAGAAUUUCAAAAUGAGGUUUUUGAAUCAAGUGAUGGUCUUUACACUUUCUUAGUUAGAGUUGGUAUCUCACCAUCAGCUCCAGGGUUUGCCCGUACAUCUGCCUUAGCUGCUUUCAAAUCUUUAAUUCCAAAGAUUGAUCCAAGCGUGAAUUUGUUGACUUUGGUGCCAGUUUUAUUUGCUGGUUUAUAUGAUACUCGUCGUUCUGUUAGAGGUUUAUCAUCAGAUAUCUUGAAAAUCAUCUCUCAAAGAAAAGUUACUGAUAAAUUCUAUCUUGAAAACUCUAUCUUCGGGUCUAAAUCUAAGGAAUUACAGUUGAUUUCUCCAAAAGAUGGUGAAAGUUUCUUGAAAGCUGUUUUAGAGAACUAUUUUGUUGAAAGUGCUGGUGUUUCUGAUAUUUUGGUCAAUGCUAAAAAGAAUGCCAAACUAUUCCUUGCAUUUUUAGCAAAUCAAGCAAAUGUUAUAAGUUUACCAUCAGUAAAACUUGUUUUGCUCAAAAUCAUUAGAGUAUCAAUCGCAAGUGUUAAAGGUGCUGUUUUAUCACAAAUCUUCCAAUCACUUCUUGAAAAUUACGUUGCUAAGAGAGAGUCCUUCAGAAAAAAUGUUGAAGAAAACAAAGUUGAUUUGAAAGAUUUUGAAACUGAAGUUGUUAACUUAGUGUCUGCUAAGGAAAAAAAUGUUUUUGCUAUCAACUUUUUGGUCAACUGUUUGAGCUCACCUUAUGAAGGACUCGCUGAAUUGGCUUCUGCUAGAUCAAUUGCAAUUUUUGAAAGUUUAAAGUAUGAUUUCAAACUCAAGUUGGCCAAAUCCGUUGUUGAUUCAUUUGCCACUGAAGGAUCUACUUCAUAUGAUGCUCUCUUAACUUUACAAUCACUACCAUUAUCUAGUGAAAUUAUUGUUGCAUUACUAAAAGAUUCUCAAAUCAAUCAACCAAAGGAUGAACCAGGUGUUCCAAAAAGAAGAAGACGAUCAUCCGCUUCAGCAAGACAAGCAUUGAAUACUGGCGAAUUAGCCAAAAUUGCUGAGAAUCAUUUGCAAAAAAUUACCGUUAUUUUGGAAACUUUAGAUCAGUCACUUGAUACUUUGAAACCUUCAACUACCUUAUUGAGUGCACUAUUCAACCUGCUAUCAGAUUUGGAAACUCUAGGUGGUGAUGCUGGUUUACCAGUCUUGUAUACACAAGAAACAUUGGCCGUCACUAUGGUUAAAGUUAUUAGAGCUUUAAAAUCUGAUAAGGCACAGUUGGAUUCUAAUUCUGUUAGAACUGAUAUUGUUGUCGCCACAAUUAGAUCUUCUCCAUCUCCACAAGUGCAAAACAGAUUAUUGUUGGUUGUUGCUGAAUUAGCUGCAUUAGCUCCAGAAAUUGUUUUACACUCUGUUAUGCCAAUUUUCACCUUCAUGGGUGCACAUACUAUUCGUCAAGAUGAUGAAUUCUCAGUUCAUGUUGUUGAGCAAACUGUUGUCCAUGUCAUUCCAGCUUUGGCCAAUGCUUCAAAUGAAAAGAAGUCUGAUGAAGUUGAAUUCUUGCUUACAAGUUUUGCAUCUGCAUUUAUUCAUAUCCCAAGACAUAGAAGAGUCAGAUUAUUUUCAACAUUAGCUUCAACAUUGGGACCUGAAUUAUCUCUUCACAUCAUCUUGUUUUUAAUUGGUGGUCAAUAUUCUGCUGCUGUUUUGAAAAAUCGUACUUCUGAAUCCAGAUCAUUGAUUGAUUUUGCUUCAUCUCUCUUAAAACAAUUCACUGCUGUUGAACAAUUAGCAGCUUUAAACUCAUUCAUUGAAAUCUGGAAAAAGAUCCCAACUGAGCAAAUUACAAGAGAAUCACCAAAUGCUGACAUGUUCUAUUCAAGUCCAAUUUUCAACUCAACUGUCGUUUCAUCCACUUCAGAAGAGUUAUUGUCAUUGAAGAGUAAUUUAUUAGAAUUUAUUGACUCAUCAUUGAAUGGUGGUGAAUCUGUUGCUAUUCCACCAUUACAGUUGAAAAUUACUUCAAUUUUAUAUGAUGAGAGUGAAACUGAAUUACAAUCUGCAGAUAUUUUCCAAACAUUUGGUGAUUUGGUUCAAUCAUUGUUGCAAUUAAUUGGUGAAAAGUCCAAGUCAGAUAUCAGUUCCAAUUUAUUCAAAUUGUUGAGCGAUGUCCUUACUUUAUUGCCAAUUAAAGAAUUUGUAUCAUCAAUCUCCAACCUGUUAUCAGAUUCUCAACUUGAUGUUGUUGUUCGUCAAAACUUAACUUUAUUAUCAUUAGAGAAAUUUGAAGCUGAAUCAUCAGAACGUGAAGAAGCUCAAUUUGCUGCCAAUAACUUGAUUGAAGUUUUAUUCACCAAUAUCAAAUCAAAUGAAGAUUUAGCACAAGCUUCUUUAGACGCUUUAGCUUCUUUGAUACAAAAAUUCGGUUCUCAAGUUGAUGAUGAAUUAUUAACUAAAUCUUUACAUUUAAGUACUUCAGAUGCCGGUUUGUUGAGUUCAAAUGGUGAAGCUAUUGUUUCAUCACUUACUGUUAUUACAAAUAUUGUUUCAGUGUUGGGUAUCAAGACUAUUUCAUUCUUCCCAAAAAUUAUCCCGCCAUCUUUGAAAAUUUUCAAUGAAUCAUUUCAAAUUGAAGAUGAAGAAGCUAAAGGAACUUUACAACUUUCUGUUUUGUUAUUGUUAUCAAGUUAUGUUAAGCGUAUUCCUGCAUUUGUCACCACUAAUUUACAAGAUAUUUUGAGAUGUAUUUUCAAGGCUGAUGAAGUUUCAGAAAAAAUCAGAGGUUCAAUUGUUCAAGUUAUCGUUCAAAAUAUGGAUCAUACAGCAUUGCUAAAAGUUUUGGCUUCUAUUUGGGAUGAAACAUCAAAAUUAAAUGCCACAUCAAUCGGUAUUUAUUUGAAUACUUUGGAAUCAACUGUUGAAGUCAUUGAAAAGAAGACUGCUACUUCACAAGCUCCAAAAUUCUUCAAUUUAUUGUUAAGAUUAUUUGAGUUUAGAUCUGAAAGUGACUUUGACAAUAACGCUAUUCAUCGUAUUGAAGCAUUCUUCCAUGAUAUUGCCAAUAAAUAUGUUAUGAAAUUGAAUGAUAAAACUUUCAGACCUUUGUUUGCUUUAUUGGUUCGUUGGGCAUUCGAUGGUGAAGGUGUCACUAACGCUGAUAUCACCGAAGUUGAAAGAUUAACUUCAUUCUUCAGAUUCUUCAACAGGUUACAAGAAAACUUGAGAUCAAUUGUCACAUCAUACUUCACAUAUUUCUUUGAACCAACCAUUGGUAUUUUGAAAAGAUACAUUUCUGCAGAAUUGGAUGAUGUUAAUUUACGUCGUAUUGUUUUGAAUGCUUUAACUUCUUCAUUCAAAUAUGAUCAAGAUGAAUACUGGCAGGCACAAGCAAGAUUUGAAGUUGUUUCAGAGAGUUUGUUAUCACAGUUGCAAAAUGUUGAAGAUAGUAUUGGUAAAUACUUGGUUAAAUCAAUUGCUGCUUUGGCACAAAAUGCUUCAUCAGAUGAACACAAUAAAGCAUUGAACCAAUUGUUCAUUUCACAUAUGAAAUCUGAAUGUAAACCAAAAGAGAAAUUAUGGGCUACUAGAUCAUUGAAAUCAGUUUAUCAAAAGGUUGGUGACCAAUGGUUAACAUUAUUACCACAAUUGGUUCCUAUCAUUGCAGAAUUAUUGGAAGAUGAUGACGAAGAUGUUGAAAUGGAAGUACGUACAGGAUUGGUUAAAGUCAUUGAGGCAGUUCUAGGUGAACCUUUAGAUAGAUAUUUGGGUUGA